AUGUCCGAGCGAGGCCAUUUUCGUGGAGGAGGUGGACGAGGAGGCCAUGGCGGAAACCGUGGUGGCAGGGGCGGAGGUCGAGGUGCCGGCGGCGGUUCUUCACAGACCAAUCAACCUCACGAAAAGCCCAAGAAGGAAAAUAUACUCGAUUUGACGAAAUACGUGGACAAACAGAUCAAUGUCAAAUUCAACGGUGGAAGAGAAAUUGCCGGAACCCUCAAAGGCUACGAUCAAUUAAUGAACCUGGUUUUGGACGAUGUCAAAGAGACCAUGAGAGAUGAUGAAGGAAACGAGACAACAAGACCGCUCGGCUUGGUCGUUGCUCGUGGAACUCUGCUGGUCUUGAUUUCACCAGUUGACGGGAGCGAAGAAAUCGAAAAUCCUUUUCAACAGCCUCCAGAAGAAUAA